GUUGGAGAGAGGGAGAGAGAGAGAGAGUGAGAUAGCUAGUUAGCUCCUCUGUUGAGGAGCGAAGAUGGCGCUGAUGAGGCCAUGCCUCGGCCUCUGCUUGCUUCUGGUCUUUCUCUCUGGGCUGCAUUGCGCUUCUGCCUGGCCUGUUGUUCGAAAAGGGGAUCAUGGACCUAUCGUUGUGUGCCUUAAGGACUUGAUACAGCUGAGGAAUGAUCCAGGUGAUGUUUUCACCAUCAAGCUGGAGGCGGCAGUCAAACGGUACCAGACUAAUAACAAGCAACCCGUGACCGGAAUCGUGGAUGCAGUGACGUGGCCGGGGCUGGUCGUCACCUUGAGUGGCGGCCGUGGAAUGGCGGUACAUGCGGUCCAGUAUCUGUUGGCGAAAAAGUACGCCCUUCUGAGUGCCACGGACAUUGACAGCACGUUUAGCCCGCGGACUAAAGCGGCUGUGAAGAAAUUCCAGGUCAUGCACGAUCUGCCCCAGACAGGAGUCGUUGACCUGUUUACAUGGCAAGCUCUCGUAACUGGUCGUGGGCCGUCUCAACCAGCGCCGUGCGCCGGGGUGAAGAAAUCGCGCGCUGGGAUCGUUGCCUUAGCGAGGUCCUUGGUGGGUAAGGAAAUGAUCUACACRCAGAAGUCGGCGGACUACAUCUGGUACGGCAUUACCCACAAAACAUGCCCGCCUAAGCUACCCGCGUACGGGGAUGCCAAUUCGUUUAUCGCAUGGAUGUUCUGGACGGCGUACGGCAAUGGACCGGACUUYGUCAGGAACUGCAACUGGGGCAAGUGUUCUGGCCAGAUUAUGACAGACACAACAGGGCGGCUCAUUCCCAAUGCGGAGAUUCAACCGGGAGACAUUGUGAUUUACUGGUCAAUUGCAGGAUGGCCSCAUAUGCAUUCGGCCUUGUACGUGGGCAACAGGCAGGUCGUGACCAUGGGCUAUUACAUYGUCCCUCGGAUGUGGGGUCGUACGGUGUUGCUCCGGGACAUGGACUGGUGGAAGGAGAGCAACGUCUACCCGUGGUACACCGUACGCAGGUACGACGAAGUGGUCUGAUUAGAUUGGAGUGCGACUGGCAGUCAAGGCUCAUCAUCAUCGCGGCCUUUUUCAAUUUAGGCCUGAUCUAAUCGGGCCGAGAGGAAGGGAGCGCGCACUUAGUAGUUAGUAGGGUACGGAUAAUUGUGCAACACCGCCAAGGCGUUUAGAGUUUGGAGGAGGAUUGGGAGACGAUGAGGAGCAGGGAGAAAACCGCACAGAGAUAUAGAAGGGUGGAGAUUUACGAAGGUCCAUUGGAACAUUGAGCCUGCGGUGGCCACCACUUGUCCGCCUCUGCCUGGAGAUCCUACGGAGCCGGGCUCUCUCUCCACCCCGCGCCUCCCAUCCCCAUCUGCAGAAUAUGUCUAGGCUGGCAGUCCAUCCUUCCCAGGGAACUUGAAGUGAUCAAUGAGUGCUUUCAGCCGAAAGCUGGCGUGUUAUUGGCUGGCUGGGUCGAGGAAACUCGAAGGUAAUGUUGUGCUGGGUUUAAUUUUCUGAUGUUAUUUGUGGGACGCUGGACCCGUUUUCCAGUAGGUUCGGCUCCCCAUGCGAGCAUCUAUUUAAAAGAAAAACAAGACAGGAAGCCCAGAGAAUC